GCUCAUUAUGUUAAGACGAAGAAAACUGGUAUCAGGAAAAAAAGCAAAAAUUUGUACGAUAAAUGUAUGAAUUCUUAAGCAGUAGGAGCAAUUCAAUGAAAUGAUUGUUGAAUAAAAUUCGAGGAUAGAAUAUCUUUCUUACAUAUACAUAGUUAAUACAAUUUUGUAAUGUUUGGAACAAGGAAAUAUAGUGGUGAGGGCUUUAGCACCUCAAGAAGAGACUCACAAACUACAGAAUUCAAACCACAUAUGGCCAAUAGAAAAUAUGAAAGACAUAAAUCUAAAAGGCUGAAACAGGACGAAAACCCUUUACCAGGAACCAGUAGAGCCACCAAAAGCAAAUUAAGGACUGAAAAAAUUUUCAAUGUGCCUGUAUACAUACUUGAUAAUGGAGGGUAUUCUGCUAAAGUUGGAUUAUCUACCAAAGAUACUGCAAAUGUAGUACCCAAUUGUAUAAUGAAAGUUAAAUCAGAAAGAAAAAGGUUUUUUAUUGGAAAUCAAAUAGAUGAAUGUUUGGACUUAUCUGGUUUAUAUUACUUAUUACCUUGUGAAAAAGGAUAUGUUACAAAAUGGAAUGUUCAAAAGCCAGUUUGGGACUACAUUUUUAAUAAUGUAUGCCCCAUUGAAGAAAAUCCUGUAAUUAUGACACAACCCCCUUUUAAUUUUAAAGCAAUACAAGAAAUUACAGAUGAAAUAUUUUUUGAAGAAUAUGAAGUAAAGGCAAUUUACAGGGCAAAUCCAACGGAUUUUGCUUACUAUCAAUACAAUUGCAAUGCUAAAGGGGACAAAGUUCCUUGUAUAAUCAUAGACACAGGCUUCAGCUUUACUCAUGUAAUACCAUACAUAGAUGGUAAAAAGUACUACAAAGCAGCCAAACGUAUUGACAUAGGUGGAAAGCUUUUAACAAACUACUUAAAAGACAUUAUAUCAUAUAGACAACUGCAUGUGAUGGAUGAAACAUACAUAAUAAAUCAAGUAAAAGAAGACUCCUGUUAUGUGUCUUUAGAUUUCAAAGAAGACAUGAAAAUUGCCGGACUACAGGGUGAAUCUAACACAAUUAUUCGGAACUAUGUCCUACCUGACUUCAACAAUAUCAGAAGAGGUUACGUACAAAAGCCCGAAGAUUCUUCGGUUCCUGAAGGAUGUCAAAUUCUUCGUCUAAAUAACGAAAGAUUUACUGUACCUGAGCUUCUAUUUCACCCGUCCGAUAUAGGAAUGGACACCAUGGGGAUAGCAGAGGCCGUAGUUAAAUGUAUAUUUAAUUGUCCAGAAAAAUAUCAGUCCCAAUUGGCCCAAAACAUUAUUGUUAUGGGGGGUAAUGCCAGUUUUGAAGGCUUUGGAGAAAGACUUUACAAAGAAGUUAGAUCUUAUUUGCCAGAUCAUUGGAAAGUUAAUGUUUACAAACCUGAGAAUCCUAUCACAUACGCUUGGCUUGGGGCAAAAUCAAUGAGUGAAGAUCCCAAGAUUAAAUCUCUACUGGUUACUAAGGAACAAUAUGAAGAGCAUGGACCACAUUUUACAUAUGAACGAUUUAGUGAUUGGUUGCAAGCAAAAAAAGAAGAUCUAGACAGCUCUCCUAUGGUUGAAGUUAAACCUACCACCGAAAGUGUUCUUUUAAAGGCAAAUUUUUCUAGGAAAGACUUGUUCGGCAAAUACGAUCCUGAUUUAGAGGAAAAUUCUAAUAAUGAACAGAAAAGUGAAAUUUUGGAUACAGGUUUUUCGGUUUUUACUAAUCCUAAUGAAAGUAAAAAUAUCACAGACGAUACGAGUAGAAGUAGUAAAAGUUCAGAUAUAAUAUCAGAAGGUGCUUCUCAAAGUGUCUCAAGUGAUUCAGCAAAUAAAAACUUGGACUCUGAGGUGUUUAUAUGCAACACAGACGAAAACAGCUCUUGUACAAAUGCAUACCCUUCAGGAUUAAAUAUGUUAGAUACCUACGAUUUUGAUAUUUUCAAUCAAGGAUUUGUUUAAUUUAAUCAAUUAUUUUUCUAUUCGACUAAUUUAUUAAUCUGAAUAAAUUUUUUUACUAUGCUUUGUUUUGAUGCAUAUAUAUGUAUAUUGCAUGUAAAGCAAAGAUCUUAUGAAGAAGAACAUAUCAAUUGUAAAACAGUUUAUUAUUUUAAAUCUUCGGAUAAUGAAUUGUUAUUUGUAAGUUACAGUACGAAUUUUAAAUAGCUGGGCCUAUCAAAAUAAAAAGCUUAUACACAAUAUACAGAAGAUAUUUACAGACUUCUACGUGACAAAUAGUUAAAAAAUAUGAUAAGAAACUACAAAUUAUUUUUUUUAAAUAUUUAUAUAUAAUAUGCAACAAAGACGGUGUGUAAAUGUCAUUUCUGUAAAAUCAGAAACAUAAAACUACCAAUCGUAAAACAUCCGAUUCUUUAAAAAUAUUAUGGGAUGUUGAUUAUUAAUACACGUCAAAUGACCGAUAAAUAGAAAAAAUUGAUUUAAUUAAAGGUCCCAAUUUAGUUCACUUUAUAAUAAAUUAAACGCGUGUUACACUUUUUCAUUGUUUUAAAAUGUAAGUAAAUGUCAUACAAUUACAUAUUUAAACUAACACCCCAUUCUUUAAAUAUAUCGUAGUUAACAAUUAAAAGAAAAAAAAAAUGAGAAAAUUCGGAAUUAAUUUACCGCAGUACAUUCAUAAA